CAUUAUUUGUUGCACUUUCUAUCUAGUUGGUUACGUUUCUACAUACAUGGCAGUGUAAGAUGAUUACUAAAACUGAACAAGGACUUCUACAGGGUCGGGAAGGUGUUGACUACGAUGGGAACAAAUAUUUUAGUUUUCAAGGAAUUCCAUACGCGAAACCUCCUCUUGGAGAAUUAAGAUUCAAGGCUCCGGAACCUCCUGCUCCUUGGUCAAAUGUACGAGAUGCAACUAAGGAAGCAAGUAUUAACCUUUCGAAGAAUUUUAUGACCAAAGCAUUAGAAGGAUCUGAAGACUGUCUAUAUCUAAAUGUAUUUUCAAAUAAUAUCCCAAGUGAAGCACUUCAACCUGUGAUGGUAUGGGUUCAUGGAGGUGGCUUCUUGUGUGGUUCUGGUAACAGCGACAUGUACAAUCCGGAAUAUUUGCUUACCCAAAAUGUUGUUGUUGUGACCUUUAACUACCGCUUAGGUAUUUUGGGCUUUCUCGGUUUUGAAGAUAAAUCUUUGGAAGUUCCCGGAAACGCUGGUUUAAAGGAUAUGGUGAUGGCAUUGAAAUGGGUUCAAAAAAAUAUUUCUCAAUUUGGUGGUGAUCCGAACAACGUUACCGUUUUUGGGCACUCAGCGGGAUCCGCAGCUGUGAAUUUUCUAAUGCUUUCGCCAACAGCAAAAGGACUUUUCCACCGGACAAUAUUACUAAGUGGAACUGCAACUAGCUUUUGGGCAAUUGGAGUCAAGUGCGCUCAACAAAUUGCGUCUACUUUGGGAUGUUCAAGCUCGAAUGAGCGUGAAAUUUUGGACUUUCUACGGAAGCAGGACGCAGAAAAACUAGUAAAAGUACAAGAUAUUCUAAAAGAUGAAGUUGUGCCUGCAAAACCCAGAUUUUAUUGUCCAAGUGUCGAAACACCAAAUCCAACAGCGUUUAUUACGGAAAGACCUCUGGAUUUAUUAAAAUCAGGAAAUUUUAUUAAAGUUCCUGUGAUGCUUGGAUAUACAUCAGAAGAGAGUAUAUUUUUUGAGUUCUUCCAAGAGAUCAUGAGCUCGCACAAAUUCAUAAAUUUGGAAGAAACGAUUCCGUACGACUGGGGAAUUAAAAUGGGAAGUAAAACAUCGAAGUUGAUGGCCAAUGAAAUCCGAAAAUUUUAUUUUGGCGACAAAGACCCUUCUGCAAACGAAUGCACACAAAAUCACUAUACACUUUCAUCUGACGUGGCAAUUACGAAAGACGUUUAUCUGGUGACGAAAUUAUUAAAGACAAGUGCUCCGUCUCAACCCGUCUAUUUGUACAGGUUUUCCGCAGACACAAAACUGAACUGCUUCAAAGAAUUAGUAAAAUCGACUGUAUCAGGUGUUAGUCACGGUGAUGAGCUACCUUACAUUUUCAAAACGUCCCUGAAUCCGGAUAUUCCUCCUGGAAGCAUCGAAGACCGUUGUAUUCGUAGAAUGGUGAAGCUGUUCACAAAUUUUGCGAAAACAUCGAACCCUACUCCUGUUGAAGAUGACGAAUUAAUCAAUUGGGAGCCUGUUCAUAAUAAAGAAGCACCAAAUUGUUUGGAAAUCGGAAACGAGUUGAAAUCGCUAAACGUUAUCCCAGAGAACGAUCGACUAAAGUUCUGGGAAACAUUGAAAGAAAUGAAAUUCCUUUCAUCUGACGUGGCAAUUACGAAAGACGUUUAUCUGGUGACGAAAUUAUUAAAGACAAGUGCUCCGUCUCAACCCGUCUAUUUGUACAGAUUUUCCGCAGAAACAAAACUGAACUGCUUCAAGGAGUUAGUAAAAUCGACUGUAUCAGGUGUUAGUCACGGUGAUGAGCUACCUUACAUUUUCAAAACGUCCCUGAAUCCGGAUGUUCCUCCUGGAAGCAUCGAAGACCGUUGUAUUCGUAGAAUGGUGAAGCUGUUCACAAAUUUUGCGAAAACAUCGAACCCUACUCCUGUUAAAGAUGACGAAUUAAUAAAUUGGGAGCCUGUUCAUAAUAAAGAAGCACCGAAUUGUUUGGAUAUCGGAAACGAGUUGAAAUCGCUAAGCGUUAUCCCAGAAAACGAUCGACUAAAGUUCUGGGAAGCAUUGAAAGAAAUGAAAUUCUAAAUUUCACUACUUUUUCUGCUUAUACUUAUCAAAUAAAUAAGUAAAUGUACAAAAUUCUAAAACAUUCGUUAAUAUACGUACUUACGUACUUUAAUUCUU